AAGAAAGGCACUGCAACAGUGACAAGCAAGAAGCGAGGAAGACAGGCUCAGGAUAGCGCUGCUGAGAUGAGCAAUGAGGAAGAAGAUGAGAUUGUGGAGCCUCCGAAGAAGCGCGGUCGGCCUGCGAAAGCGCAGGCGGCGCAGGAUAACGAAGUUAGCGACGAAGGCGAGGCGCAAGAGCCUGCACCUACCCCCGUCAAGCGUGAUGUGUCGAGCUCUGGCAAGCAGUACUGGCUCAUGAAGGCGGAGCAGGAGGAUCGUGACGAGACCGCUAAGAGCGGCCGAGUUGUGAACACGAAGUUUACGAUCGAUGACCUUCGCUCCAAGACCGCUCCCGAGCUAUGGGAUGGUGUCCGGAACGCAACCGCAGCCAAGAACAUGCGCGCCAUGAAAGUCGGUGAUCUGGCAUUCUUCUACGCUAGUGGCGGGAAGCAAGGCCGCAAGCCCGGUAUCGUGGGUAUCAUGGAGAUCGUCAAGGCCGCUGAGAUCGACCAGACGGUCUACGACGAGAAUAGCCUUGGUUACGUCGAGAAGGAGAAAGACCGCGGCAGAUGGGUAGCCGUCCAAGUCGAGUAUCGAUCGAAGCUCACCAAGCCGGUCUACCUCUCCGAGCUACAAAAGUACAAGGGGGGAAGCGGCGUUCUGAGCAAUAUGCAAGAGCUCACGGCCGCGCGGCUUAGCGUGUCAAAGGUGUCUGAGGAGGAAUGGAACUUCAUCACGGAGAAG